AUGCAGCGGGAUCCUAGAUGCGAGCUGGUUCAUGAGCUCUCUGGUCAGCUGGCUGUUGAGCGCGGCCAGUUCGACGCCGCUUUGCAACACUUCGAUGCUGCUAUACGACAAUCUAAAACUCUUACUGACCUUGCCCAUCUUAUGUCUCUUCGCGAUGGUGUGAUUGCUCAGAUGACCGCCUGUCAGCGUUAUGGCAUCUCCAUCCAUGAUAUGUUACAGUCUUUGCAGCAAGACGAAAAACAGGCCAUGAUCUUGGCAGCAGCUGCUGCCGCAGCUGCAGCUGGGGGAGGGGGAGGAAUAGGAGUAUAG